UUUCCCUCCAUCUCACGACGCUCUUCCUUGGCCAAAUCCGAAAGAUGCAAAUACUUCAAACCCCUAUUUUCUUCUCAUUCUCUAAACCCUUAAACCCUUCAUCACCAAAACCCUCUUCUUUUAAUCUCCCAAAUCCCCGUUCCUUCCCUUUCUUCUUCAAAACCCAUUUCCCCAAACUUCCAUUUACCCCAAAAUCCUUCAGCUCCGACGAAUUCCCCGUCGACGAGACCUUCCUCGAGAACUUCGGUCCCAAAGACAAAGAAACCGAGGACGAAGCCCGUCGCCGGAACUGGAUUGAACGAGGAUGGGCACCAUGGGAAGAAAUCCUAACCCCAGAAGCUGAUUUCGCUAGAAAGUCACUCAAUGAAGGUGAAGAGGUCCCUCUCCAAACCCCUGAAGCUAUCGAGGCUUUUAAGAUGUUGAAACCUUCUUAUAGGCUUAAGAAGAUGAAAGAAAUGGGGAUUUCUGAGGAUGAAUGGUAUCGAAAACAGUUUGAGAUUAAAGGGGAUAUUCCUGAUCCUUUGGAGACGUUGUGGACGGGACCAUUGGCGUUAAGACUCGUGCCGCCACGUGAUUGGCCGCCUAGGGGAUGGGAAGUGGAUAGAGAAGAGCUGGAGUUUAUAAGGGAAGCGCAUAAAUUGGAAGCUGUGAGAGUGGAUUUGGAGAAAGUGGAGAAGGAGGUUAUAACUGGUGAAGCAGAUAUGGAGUUGGAUAGAUAUAAAGUGUUUUUGAAGCAAUAUAAAGAAUGGGUCGAUGCUAAUAAAGAUAGAUUGGAAGAGGAGUCUUACAAGUAUGACCAAGAUUACUAUCCUGGUAGGAGAAAAAGAGGGAAGGACUACAAAGAGGAAAUGUUGGAGCUUCCGUUUUAUUAUCCAGGACAAAUUUGUGAAGGUAAAGUGACUACCUUACACCUAUAUCAAGGAGCAUUUGUCGACAUAGGUGGUGUACAUGAAGGGUGGGUCCCGAUUAAAGGUAAUGAUUGGUAUUGGAUUCGCCAUCAUAUAAAAGUUGGUAUGCAUGUUAUUGUUGAAAUUCUGGCCAAACGAGAUCCUUACCGGUUCAGGUUUCCUAUUGAAAUGCGUUUUGUUCAUCCUAAUAUAGACCAUCUGAUAUUUAAUAGAUUUGACUUUCCACCUAUAUUUCAUCGCGAUGAGGAUGCUAAUCCAGAUGAGUUACGGCGGGAUUGUGGGAGACCUCCUCUUCCUAGAAAAGAUCCAGGCACUAAACCCGAAGUGGAGCCCCUGUUGUCAAAUCACCCUUAUGUUGACAAGUUGUGGCAGAUCCAUGUUGCUGAGCAAAUGAUUUUGGAUGAUUUGGAGGCAAAUCCGGAGAAAUACAAAGGUAAAAAGCUAUCGGAAUUAACUGAUGACGAUGACUAUGAUGAAGAAAACAAUGUUCAAUAUACCAAAGUUCGGUACAAGAAAGGUCUUUUACCAAAAAUGAUUGUGAAAACUAGUGUUAAAGAACUCGAUUUGGAAGCUGCCUUAGCAGAGCGUGAGCAUCACAAUAAACUCAGAAGAGAAGCGAAAGAAAGAGGAGAGAAAUAUAAGAUCAGCCAAUUCAGGCGAAAUAUUGAGAUGGAUGAAUACGACUAUAUACAUUGGCGUCGAUCGUUUGAGGAAAGAGAAGCUUUAAUCAGAGACAUCAGCUGCCGUCAAGCUCUUGGUUUGCCAUUGGAAGAGCCAGGAAGAUAUAAAGAUGCGAGUUUUUUUGGGAAGGAUCAAUACGAUCCUUCAAAUCCUUUGUACCGGUAUGAUUACUGGGGAGAACCCAAGAACUCAGAAAAAAGCAAACAAGAACGGAUGACAGAUGCCCACAACAAAUCUAUUGUCGGAAAAGGCACCGUAUGGUACGAAAUGUCUUAUGAGGAUGCCAUCAAGCAGAAAAUGCAAAGAGAAACCAAUUCAAAAGGAACAAUGCAAAUGGAAGCUGAUGAAGAUGAGAAGAUAGAUCAAGUAAGUGAUUCUGAUUAUGAUUCUGAUGAUGAUUUUGAUUUCAGCAUUUUAAGUGAUUCCAGUUUUGAGUUCCCAAAUCAACCUCUUGUUAAUGGGACUGAAUCUUCUAGCAUAUCAGAUGAGGGUAUGUUUGAGAAUUAACGUGAAUAGUUAUGUUAAUUGGACUGGGGUGUGAAAGUUGGGACACGAUUAUGUUUGAGAACUAAGUCUCUUCAUGUAUUUGAAGGAUCGUUAGGUAAUCAUGUAUACCGGAUACGGAUAUCAAACACGCUUAUUUCGCAGUCAUAGUAACAUAGAGGAUCAUGCUAUAAUUGAUGUAUAGUUUACAGUUUGAGAGCUGGUGAGCUCAAUCAAUGUAUGGAUGAUAAAAUUUUGAUCCAAUUUAGAACAGUUUUACCCUUC